GCACCACACACUGCCUGUUAAAUCCGAAAAAAAGCUCCGUCUCAUAAGCUACAAUCCCCGAAAUCUCCUCCCCGCUGCAACUUCCUCAUAGCAUCUGCUGCAUGAACCCAUUGCUUCUAUGAACUCUCUUAGAGCCCUACAGAGAAUUAAGCUUGUUCAAAACACGCUCACGGCCAAUCAUCUAGGACGAACCAGCCAGUUUACAACCAUGACUGCCACAACGGAUGUCAAGAACUACAAGUUCAAUCACUCGAUGAUCCGAGUGAAAGACCCAAAGGCUUCGGUCAAAUUCUAUGAGACCCUCGGCAUGAAGGUCGUGAAGCAGAUCCAGCAGCCCGAGGCCAAGUUCGACUUGUACUUCCUUGCCUACGAUUCGCCCAACGCGCUAUCGGAGAACAAGAGCGCCUUUGACCGCGAGGGCAUCAUCGAACUGACCCAUAACUACGGCACCGAGAAUGACCCGGAGUACAAAAUCAACAACGGCAACACGGAACCGCACCGCGGCUUCGGUCACACCUGCAUCAGCGUCGACAACAUCCAGGCAGCGUGCCAGCGCCUGGAAGACGCGGGCUACGCGUUCAAGAAGAAGCUGUCGGACGGCAAGAUGCGCCACAUUGCAUUCGUGCUGGAUCCUGACCAGUACUGGGUCGAGAUUAUCGGGCAGAAGCCGAUUGAGCAGACGGAGAAUGUUAAGGAGACGGAUGUGACCACGUACAGAAUGAACCACACGAUGCUUCGCGUCAAGGACCCUCAAAAGUCACUCAGGUUCUACCAGGACGUCCUUGGCAUGACGCUGAUCCGCAAGAACGAGUCCAGCGACUUCACGCUCUUCUUCCUGGCCUACGGCGACCUCAAAGAGGGCGAGAGCCAGGCUCAGCGCGAGGGUAUCCUCGAGCUGACAUGGAACCACGGCACCGAGAAAGACGAGAGCUUCAGCUACCACAACGGCAAUGACCAGCCUCAGGGCUUUGGGCAUAUUUGUGUCACGGUGGACGAUAUUAACGCCGCUUGCGCUCGUUUUGAGGACUUGAAGUGCAACUGGAAGAAGCGCCUUACUGACGGCCGCAUGAAGAACGUCGCCUUCCUGCUGGACCCUGACAAUUACUGGGUUGAGGUUGUGCAGAACGAGAGAUUUGCCGGGAAGGAGAAUUUCUAAGCACGAACCAGUACAGGAUAAGACUAAGUGGGUGUAGCUUGAGCAUGUGAGGCAGAACGUCGUUCGGGAAGAGGAAACGAUUGGGUGGGGGCUUACGAAAAGUGAAAUUGUCUCCGAGUCCGAAAACUCCUGUGGGCAUCGUUUGGGCGGCUGUGGUGAUUGUCAGCGGCCGUUUCGAGGGCGCUAACAGAUGCAUGAGGUGUGCUUUUGCAUGGAAAAGAUCCCCCCAAAAGCAAGCCAUUUGAGAUAUCGACUCCUGACG